AUGGCAACAGCAACAGCAACAGCAACCUCAGCUGUCCACACAACCCUAAGAUACGACUCCCCCUCCACGCCAUCCGUCUAUUACCCCGGCACAGCCUCCGCCUUCACCAUCAACCGCGAGUCCGUCCCCGUCACGAUCCAAAAUGCGCGCGAACAUGACUCGUCCGAGUUCACCCUCGACACAACGGGCUUCGAGCUGCACUCGCACCACACCCGGGCCGAGUUCCCAGACGAUAAGGAGGUUGUGAAGCAGGCCUAUUAUCCCGAGGUCGUGGAUUUGUUGAAAGCAAAGACCGGCGCAACCCAAGUUAUCCCCGUAGACCACCUCAUCCGCCGGCACCUCUACGCCCCCGUCGCAGCCUGGGCCAAGGACGCCCUCGCCACCACCGACAAAGACCCUUCCACCAUCCCAAACCCCACUGGUCAACGACCGCCGGGCCGCUUCGUGCACGUCGACCAGUCCUACGACGGCGCGGUGGGCUGGCUGCGCGACAACAUCGCCUCGGCGGACCAGGCAGAGAAGUUGAUGAAGACGAGGUGGGCGAUCAUCAAUGUGUGGCGGCCGCUGACGAAGGGGAAAGUAACGCGUGAUCCGCUGGGGUUGUGUGACGGGAGAAGUGUCAAAGAAGGGGAGUUGAGGGAGGUGGUGGCGAAGACGGCAGCGUUCCAGGAUGUUGGGAGAGGAGGAGAGAUUAAGGUGUGGAUGGUGUUGGCGCCGCAGGCGGGUGCAGCCGCGAAUGGUGACAGUAAUGGUGAUGGGGCGGUGAACGGGCAUGCGAAUGGGCAUGGAGAGGUGGAGGGAGGGCAUAAAUGGUGGUAUUAUGAGGGGAUGACGAAGGACGAGGUGUUGUUCAUCAAGUGCUUUGACAGUAAAACCGACGGGAGGUGUAGGCGGGCGCCGCACAGUGCGUUUGACGAUCCGAGGUAUGAAAGUGAGGAGACGCCGAGGGAGAGUAUUGAGGUCCGAUGUUUGGUGUUCUGGGAGGACCAAGAGGCUUGA